AUGACAGCUAUUCAAGCUGAAGAUAUUACUCUAAUCUUAAAUCAAGAUCGAAAUGUAAUAGUACCUACCACACCUGAUAUUGCUUCUUCUGACGGAGAAAAUCCUUUUGAACGUAGGGCUAAUGAAGAGUCACUUUAUUUUAGACCUUCACAUCACCUUAAUGCUCCUGCGUUGAAACGUUCAACUUCAAUUUCUUCAAUCAGUUCCUACGCGUCAUCUAUUCCUGAUACUCCAAAGCAUCCUGGUAACACAACUCCUGACUCUGACGCUUCGGAAUUAGCACUUGGAGAUUCCGGAGCUUUAGCUCAUAACUGGUUCGCCAGUGGUACACUUACUGCAGAGGGUCGCUGGUUCAAAGAUGAGCAGGGUAGAGCUUGUUUAUUACGUGGGGUGAAUCUCUGCGGAAACUCGAAACUACCUACCGUUCCUAACGGCUCGACGUAUCUAAGUGAAGGUUUUUUUGAUCAUCGAAAUGUAUCUUUUAUUGGACGUCCGUUCCCUCUUGAUGAAGCUGCACAGCAUUUUGCUAGACUAAAAACUUGGGGUUUGACCUUUGUUAGGCUUUUGGUUCCCUGGGAAGCUUUGGAACAUGCUGGACCUGGUAUUUAUGACGAUAAAUUUAUAGACUACUUAGUCGGCAUUAUCGAAGAGAUGCCAAAAUAUGGCAUUAAAUGUUUCAUAGAUCCGCAUCAAGAUGCAUGGUCUCGUUUUUCUGGAGGAUCUGGUGCGCCUGGGUGGACCUUUGAAGUUGCAGGCAUGGACAUUACGGGUUUCAAAGCCACCGGUGCUGCCUAUGUACAAAAUGUCAACCAUAAAGCUGGUGAUCCCCCUCAGCAGAUGGUUUGGCCAACAAAUUAUACAAAAUUAGCCAGUAGUACCAUGUUCACGCUAUUUUGGGCUGGUGAUGUGUUUGCUCCUAACGCCACAUAUCAAAAUAAAAAUCUUAAAGAAUUUCUUCAAGGAAAAUUCAUUGAUUGCUAUAAAUAUUUAGCAAGACGCUUACAACACUUAGAAGCUGUUAUGGGAUUUGAGAUGAUGAAUGAACCUCAUCAUGGUUAUAUUGGUCUCAAGAAUCUUGACCAAUUUGAUCCAAUAACGACGCUUGUUUUUGGUGACUCCCCAUCUGCACUUCAAUCAUUCGCCUUAGGCGACGGCAUUCCUCAAGAAAUUGAAGUAUGGGUUAAAUCAUGGCCAUAUCCAACUAAAAAGCAUACUACAAAAUUACUGAAUUCGGAGCGUGAACGUGCAUGGCUUGACGGCCAUAAAUGUAUCUGGCGACAGCAUGGAGUCUGGGAUGUUGAUGUCAACGGAAAACCAAGAGCUUUGAAACAUAAUUACUUUCAGAAUCAUCCACAAACAGGAGACAAAGUAAACUUUUACCGAGAUUUUUACGUGCCGUUUAUUAACAAAUAUGCCGAAGGAAUACAAAGUGUAAAACAGGAUUAUUUCAUAUUCAUCGAACCCCUUCCAAAUGAGUUACCACCACAGUAUGAGCCCACGGAUCAUCAUAAAGGUAUAAUAUAUGCCCCGCAUUGGUAUGAUCUUAAAUCUUUAUUUACAAAAAGUUUUGAUGGACGUAUAACACAUGACGUUCAGGGACUAUCAAAGGGUAAGAAUGUAAUAUCAGCCACUUACUUUGGUCUUGCAGGGGCCAAAAAAAAUUAUACAGGGCAAGUAAAGAACAUUGUACAAACUGGGCUUCAAAAAGUUGGUCAAACGCCAUGUGUGAUUGGUGAAUGUGGAAUUCCUAUGGAUAUUAAUGACAAAAAAGCAUUUGAGACAGGUGAUUAUACCCAUCACAGUAAUUUCCUGGAUGCCGUUCUUUGUGCAAUGGAGCGAAACUUGGUGAAUUUCACACUUUGGAAUUAUAACCCACUCAAUGACAAUACUCAUGGCGAUCAUUGGAACGGUGAAGAUUUUUCAAUAUACUCACCUGUACCAAACUCCAAAACAAUUUCCGAUACAACCGAAACUAAAAUUUCCACAUACUGCAAAAACGUACAUUUUUUGGAUCAGGAUGAUGGAACAGACGAAGAUCAUCAUCAUCAUAUUGGGGGUAGAGUUUUAGAUGCAGUCUUGCGACCUUAUGCCGCCAAAAUUGCCGGUGAACCAGGAUCGAUGGUUUUCAAUCUAAAGAAUUUAGAAUUCACGUUCCAAUAUAACAAUUACUCCUCUUCAACACACCCAAUAUAUCAACAUGGAAACAACGAUCUUGCACCUCCCGAAACAGAAAUAUUCAUCCCGAAUUACCAUUACAAACAACGCUAUCUCGAUAUUCGUGUUUCCGACGGUGAUUGGAGAUACGUAAAAAGCAGGCAGACCUUAUAUUGGCGAGUUAAAGACUGGAAAACUCCCGGAUUAAAACAUACUUUAAGAGUAAGCGUUGUCGAUCCGAAUAAAGUUACCGAUGAAAAGAUGUCACUGAAUUCCCGGGAAGGAAUGGCCGAAGAAAUCACUAAAAAGAAUCGCAAUAUCAACAUUUCACAAACUUCACAAUUGCCAUUACUUUUGUUUGGUAUAGUUGCUGUUAGUGUCGCAGCUUUUGUUUCUCAAACAAUUGACUUGUCUUUUAAAAUACCAUCACCUCUUGAUUGGCUAGUUUGGUAG